AUGUCGAACUCGCGCGAUCAAUGGCACACCAUGUUGAGUCAUUCUUCGUUGAUGAGGUUUCUUCCGUCGGUCACGCCCUGUGCUCACACCAACCUCGGUCCCAUCGGCGAGCUACUCCAGAUUCAUGACAAUUCCAUUGCCAACCGCGGCAGACGCAACUCUGCUACAACGCGUCGUGUCGGUCGACCAGCUAUUGCGACCAUCUGAGCUUUCACGCAGGGUGUAUGUAGAGGCGGCUUCGUUGCACAUGUGAGUCCGUGUCGUCGCCGAGCCGGACCAUGCUAUCCUCAGUAAACUUGCCGCUCGCUGACUGGCUUCGACAUCGCUGCUUCGCCAAGCCAGUCAGUUCAUUGCUCAGUCGGUCCGUCAAGCUCGGGUGGCCCUCGAUCAUUGUCUCAGCGACAUUGAAAUGGUUGUACAAACGAUGCGCAAAUUUGGCCCCGAAGCCGCCGUGGAUGGCACCGAAGCUGAUGCCUCGAUCGAGGUUGGACUGAGAGGCAGCUGGGACGGCGCGCAGCGUUGA